GCAGGAUGACGGGAUUGGUCCCUGAGAUCCCGCGUACGCGCGAAUCGACCUUUAGUUCGUUCGCCGCCGAUCUCGUGUAUGGUCACCGUACCUGUUGGUUAUUCGAUCGAGUGCUCGUGCCGGUUAACAAAUAGUCUCCGAUUCCAGUCGUAUUCGAAGACACAUUGUCACGCGGUUUUCCCUACGUGCCCCACCGCGUAGAAGAGGUGGAGGAGGAAUCUAGAAGGAAAACAGGAAAAUUCAGGAGAAAGGAAAACUUAAUUCCUUUAUUGAGAAUUAAAAAGUAAGUCGCGUAGAUCGCGAGUGUCUGGUUGUUUCAUCCCUUCUGCGGUGUCGAAUUAGAAAAGUCAAAAAGUGCGAGUCUGGAGAUGUCGUCCCUGAAGGGCGAUAAGACACCGUACGCUCGUCUUUGCCACAUCGUCAAGUGGGAUGACUUUGACGGCUACGGGUUCAAUCUUCACGCAGAAAAAGGGAAGAAUGGCCAAUAUAUCGGUAAGGUGGACGAGGGUUCCCCUAGCCAAGCUGCUGGCUUGAAGCAAGGGGAUCGAAUCAUCGAGGUAAAUGAGAUUAACAUAGCCAACGAGACUCACAAGCAGGUGGUAGAACGCAUCAAGGCGUUCCCAAACGAGACCAAGCUCCUGGUGCUCGAUCAAGAGGCUGACGAGUACUUCAGGGCUAACAACGUCAUCGUCAAGGGCACCAUGGCGAACGUCAAGGUGAUCAAGACGCCGGAGAAGAAUCCCAACAGCGUGGAUAACGAGGAGGGAUCGGAGAAUGCACGAAAGUCAAGCGGUUCCAACGAUGCGGAGGAUCACAGCGAUAGUACGAUAACUAUGACGAAUGUUUCGACAACAGCUGCGACUACGACGAUGACGACAACUGCAUCUUUGACGACGAUGUCCUCGCUAUCGAGCGAAAACGAAGAAACGACGAGCAUCGGCCGAGAAAACGGCAGCGCUAAUUCAAGAAACAGCGAAACGACGGAGGUUCACGUUCACGAAACUGGCAAUGGCACCGGUGGUACUGGUGGUACCGGUAUUGGUACCAGCACCGGUAAUGGCACUGUUGCAGGGAACACCGAGCCCAAGCAAGGUUUGAACCUUCUGCAGAUGAGCGCGAAAGAACUAAGGGCUCAAUUGGCGGCACGGAAGAAAUACGAUCCUAAGAAGGAAUCGAUCGGAUUUAAGGACAAAUUCGAUAUCGUUCAAAAACUCUAAUUGUUAAGUCGUCGAAUAAU